AAUCAUCUUCAUUUCAUUUCACUCCUUAAUAUCAUUUUUCAAAAAUAUGAAUAAAUAUUAAAAUAAGACAUGACUUAAAGGUCUCAGUUACCAGGUCAUAAAAUCCCUUAAAAAAAAUUAAAUUAAUUAAUAUUUGAGAGAGGCAGGCAUUAAAAUAAAAAUAAUAUCUUUAAUUUUAAUAGGAACGGUGAUAUGUCCAUCUUAUAGAUUAAAAUUCGUACCUAUUAAAUUCUCUACUUUUCUCAAUUUUUAAAACCUUAUGAUGUGGAAUUUAAUAAUAAUUAACUAAAAACAUAAGAACCUACUAAAUAUGUACGAAGAACAAUAACAACAGCUUGAUUGUAUCAAUGGUGGCAAAGAAUGUAAUUAAUUGAUCAUGUCUUGUCAAAUAGAACAAAUUGCUGACUGUGGUGAUUUAUCUAGUUUAGCACGAGCACUGUUUUUAAGCAGUAAUGAAGAACAAAAUUGGUUGUCCCAAUGUUGUGUUUCUCUAUCAUCUUGUGGUAACUUGCUUGCUGUUGGCUAUCGCAAUCGUCUUUGUAUACUCACCACACAAUGGAUUAGUUCGACACAAAGCAAUACUUUUUUGAUAUCUUGGAGUGGAACUUUACCUGCAGAUAUAUCAACAGUAUUGGUAUUGCCAAUUUGCCCAUCUCAUCAUUCUUUCCAGAAUGGCCCGGACUGGUUUUGCAUUGUAGUUGGAUUCAAAAACGGAAACAUUGCUUUCCAUACAAAUACAGGCCAUUUAUUAUUAUCUGAAAAAAUUGAUGAAAAACCAGUAUUGAAAAUAUCUUGUCAUACUGGAACAUAUGGCACAUUACCUGAUGAUGUUCAUGUAUUGUUUCAUACUUGUGAAUGUAUUAUAUCAGGAGCAACGCUAUUUCCAACACUGCGAAACGCAAAGGCACAAUUAGCAAAAGUGCAAGCUGGUAUUCAAGACUAUUAUAGUGUGGAUAAUCGUAGCAUUAGCAUAAAGAAAUGGUUGUAUACUGAACAAGAAGUUGUAAAUGAUGCUGCAGUUGUGGGAUUAGAAUUAAAAAAUGCCUACGAUCAUUUACUAGCAGCUUCAACAUAUGGUGGUUAUGAUGUAUGGUACCGUUCAGUCCCUCCAGUGAAUACGUUAAUAUUAGGAGCUGGGCAGAAACCAUAUGUAGGUUUCCAUUAUGCUCUGGAGGGUGGCACUGCGCCCCCUUUACAAGAUGUAGCCAGAGCUGUUGCACAUAAAAUCAAAUCUGCUCUACCAGGCUGGCUAGGCGGGGCCUCGACAGAGGGCAGUGUGAGCGCGGCCGAGCCACGGAUACGUUCGGAGCCCCUGUCCCUGCGCAGCGGCCUGCACGACGCGCAGAGGCACGGCACCUCCGUCACCGUCUCGCCGGACCGCCGCCUGGCUGCGGUCGUCGACAGCUUCGGCCGAGUCGCCGUACUGGACGUUAACAGAGGACAUCUAAUUAGACUAAUAAAAGGUUGCAGAGACGCACAGUGUGCAUUCGUCCAAAUUUUUGAAUUAGAUAACAAGAAACCUCAAUUAUCUUUUGUUAAAGAAAUAAGAAGGGCAAUUUUUUUAAUUAUCUAUAAUCCCAAGAAAGGAUUAAUUGAUAUUCGUCUAAUGCAAAGAGGGAACAGAGUAGCCGUUUUUACGGCUACGAAAAACGGCCAACUUUUAUACAAUACUUGUGGUCUAGUUGGAGCUGAUAAAAAUUAUACCCAAAAAAAACUAAAUUUACCAGAAUUUCAGUGUGUUUUAUUAGAUCCAGAUGGCAAGCUCAAAAAAUUCAGUAUUCCAUUUUUUUACGCAUUAGAUGGUGUACAUUCCGAAAGAUCGAAAGAUUUGAACACUUUGAAAGAAUUACGUGAUCUCAUUAAAAACAAUACAAGUAACUUUGAAGAUUAUGAGCAAAAGCUAUUUAGUAAAGUAUCCGAAAUUAAAACAUUAGAAUUAAAGAAACAUUUUCUAGAAAUGCUCAUUAGAAAUUAUGAUACGUCUCCAACAAUUAUUAUCUCAUGUUUGCAAAUAUUCUGGGAUAGCACAAAAGAGGAAUCCGUGAGCAGUCAGCAACGUGAAACUCAACACUAUUUUGCCAAUCUAGGUUUGCUUACUAUAUUUUAUAUGUGCAUAAAUGACGAUUGUGAAAGAGAUGAAAUAGAAUUUGCAACUGAAUUGCGUAAUUUCCUUGGCUUAGAGGUAAAUGAAAGUUGUUUGGAAAAAACAAUAGACAACCAGAAUGAAGACAACAGUUUGUUUCAUCUACUAGAGGAUGACAGUUGUAUUUUGGAAAGAUUACUGGUUUUAGCACACGAAAACAAUUAUAAACACCACGCACGGGUAACUUUUGCCGAUACAAGUAUGACUACCUAUAAAAAAUUCAUUUCCUGUUUUAAUUUAGAAGAAAAAUCUAAAUAUAUAUCCUUAAAGGCCAAUGCUUCGGUGGACAAGCUAAAUAACUUAGCCACAAUAACGUUCACGUCAAUAUUCAAAUUAAAAAACUUUUCAAUGUUGGCUAGUUAUGUCAACAAAUGCAAUAUCGACCCGAAAGAGAUUGUGAAGCUUUUAAUAACACAUUUCAUGAAUAUGUCUUUGGAAGAGAUAACCAUUGACUUAGUCGAGAAAUGGACAAUGGCCGUAUACCACGUGUGUACGGUCACAAAAGACGCUACUAAUAUUAUUUAUAAUGAAAUUUCUCAUUGGUGGGAAGACAUCCGGAACGUUUUGGUUGAAAUGCCUUGUCCCUUACGAAGCAUGAUAGUUGCAAUGGCUUGUAAAGUAAUCAGUAGGAUUUUGGAAAGUAACAAUGCUGAAAGCGACGAUGUGUGGGAAUCUGUGACCAAAGAAAACGCCAAAUGGGGUAUUUUAAUUGGAAAACUUGAAGAUAUUUCUAUACUCAGUAUCGUAUUAAUGUGUAAAGACACAUUUAAUGGCAAUUCUCUUCCUUCCCUGGAAAUGGAUGAUUUCAAUAUCAACCUAAAAUACAUUUAUACAAGGGGAAAGGGAUCAAUUACUGAACUGAUUGCCAAGUGGCUAUGCAGCAUGGGAGCGACUCCUGCGGCGAUAGUGGCUAACGAGCUAAUGGAAACGAUAGCAGCUAACUCUGAACUAACUGAUGAGGACGACAAUGAUGACAACACCACUGAUCUCCUGUUUGUUGAAAAUAAUCGUUAUGCCGUUGACGAAAAUACAAGAAUAUUUAAAUGGCUCUCGCUUCUGCGCCGUCAAUUCCCUCUCAGUACGUCCGCAAAUUAUAUAAUUACCAAUAUGUGUUGGGAAUACGCAAUGGCAUGGCAGAAAUGUAUGAAGAAUACAUUGCUUCUUGAUGCUGUUAUUCACUGUCUUUCUAGUAUAUCUGACAUUCAUAUACGGUUAGGGUUGUUUUCAAUUAUUUGGGCAACCUACAUCAAACAAAUAUUUGAAAUUAGUUGCCGUUUAGUUAACAAAGUCGGACGUUUGCCAAAAGACCCUCUUUGCUUACAAGAUAUCAGUUUCGACAAUACAACCUUAAUCAACUUCUUCCGUUUAACAACAUUGUACUUGAAUGAUUUUCAAAAUUGUUUGAAACUGUCAUACAGUCAUAAUAAAAAGAAGGUGGAAUUUGAAAAGAUUUGGGAAGAAAGUAUGCCUUCUUUAGUUGAAGUAACACAACACACAAAGAAUGUAAACGAUUGUAUAUUAACUUUAAAUUACCAAGUAUCUUGCACUCUGUACUAUCAAUGUCACUUCAAUAUCAAAUUGUCGAAACCCCUCGAUGUAUUGUUCGACAUCGACUAUCAUUAUAUUCUGGAAGCACUUACUGGUAAUGUUGUGAAUAGAGAAAUUAAUAUGAAACCGUCUGAAAAACUCCGGAAUCCACGAAUGAAGUUUCUAACCAAACUUAUAAGAGCAUCUGUAGAAACUAUAAGUUGUUCUGAUGGUCACGAAUCAUACAGAACAUAUGAUAGUGGUGACUGUCAAAUGUGGAUUGAAAAAAUUUCCAUUCUAGCGAACCUGUGGAGCAUAGACGACGAAUUCAUAAAGAGGCAGCAGGUAAUCGCUUUAUAUCACGUGGGUUACGAUACACUAGCAGAAAAUACAAUGAACUCGAUCCGUAAUCCUGUGCCAGUGCUUGCUCCAAUUUUGGCUAUUACGAUCCAACGUCUUAAACGAAGCCUAGAACAUUCUAAUAAUCAAGCCGAAUGGAUUGUCAGUAUUCCACCACAACUCUACAAACGUUUGCAAAAUACUGUCCUGGACACAUCAAUUCCAGCACAUCCGUCACUUUCCACCACAAUAUUAGUACUCCAAAAGUUGCUGUUUCAAUUAAACAAAAAAUCUCCUGAUCCGGCUCAUCUUCAGGAUAUAAAAUUAAUAGAGCUGAUUAUAGAAAACUGUGAAAUUAUUAUUAGAAGAAAAUUGUAAAAAUUUCUGAAUUAAAUAAAAUAAGCAAAAAAUAUUUACCCAAACCAAUCAGACAUCUUAUAAAAUAUAAUGUUGAAUUUUCGAUUAAAUUGUAAAUAUAGGAUAAAUUUAGUAUGCAUGUACAUGUACAUAUAUUCAACAGAUUUUUUGCAUUUAAUUAAUUAUUCUCAUAAAUCGAAAUAAAAUUCGAAUAAAAUGGAGCACUACAAACAAACGCACGACUUGUUAUUGGUCUGACAAUUAUAAACUAAUAAAAAAUAUUGGUCUAUUUGCGUCAAAAUAGCAAAGUAAAAAAACUUUUUGUGAGGGUGCCGCACGAACUGAAUGCGACAAACUCUUUAAGAUUUGCUUUGCGUUGCAUAACAGAUAGAAACGAGAGGAUUUUGAACCGCAUUGACACUUGCUAUGAAAAGUAUUGAAAUUUUUGAAUCCUAAGUGGUUAUUAUAUUGUUCAGACCUUGGUUCAGGACCUUGGCAAGGGCGGAUCCAGGGGGGGGGGUCAUGGGGGUCAUGACCCCCCCCCCCCCCCGAGCUGGUUCCAGGACCUAGGUGGACCACAUAUUGAACAUAAUGAUUAGGACACAAUAUAUUGUUGCUCCUUAUAUUGCUCAUUAAUUAAUUAAUAUAAUAACUUUGUAUGAUGGCAAAUGUUUGGGAACGAACGCAUUGAAAAGGACAAUGCCCAAUAGUGGGCCAACUUUGUGUCAAAACUAUUUGUACUUGAAAAACUAUGCCUUAUUUUUUCAAGUUGUUUAGUUUAUGUAUCAACAUUUCUUUCAACCUGGCAUUGUUUUACAAAAAAAUAAAUUACUUAUUUGAUACACUUGCUAUGAAAAGUAUUGAAAUUUUUGAAUCCUAAGUGGUUAUUAUAUUGUUCAGACCUUGGUUCAGGACCUAGGCAAGGGCGGAUCCAGGGGGGGGGUCAUGGGGGUCAUGACCCCCCCCCCCCCCGAGCUGGUUCCAGGACCUAGGUGGACCACAUAUUGAACAUAAUGAUUAGGACACAAUAUAUUGUUGCUCCUUAUAUUGCUCAUUAAUUAAUUAAUAUAAUAACUUUGUAUGAUGGCAAAUGUUUGGGAACGAACGCAUUGAAAAGGACAAUGCCCAAUAGUGGGCCAACUUUGUGUCAAAACUAUUUGUACUUGAAAAACUAUGCCUUAUUUUUUCAAGUUGUUUAGUUUAUGUAUCAACAUUUCUUUCAACCUGGCAUUGUUUUAGAAAAAAAUAAAUUACUUAUUUGAUAACAUCCCAAAACUGAGUGCCAUAGUUUUUAAAUCCGCCGAUAGGCAAAGGCCUUAGCUCAUACAGCCUUAUAGUAAGCCUAUAUGCUGCCAAACGAAAGAGAUGUCUGUGACUUGAACAACAAAUAAAAAAAAAUAGCUAAAGGUUAUAAUUCACAGACUUCUUAGUUUAUUUUUGUUCAAUUCAAUAUUUAUAUAUUGUGAUGUAUAAUAUAUAAAUUGGGUAUUGUUUUGUGUAUUAAAUGUCGUGAAUGAUUAUUGAGGCAUUGGAAUAAAACUGUGGCUAACAUAGCAGUGACUGUUUUUUUUUUUUUUUCAAGAUAAUAGGUCUGCGGAAAUUCACGCUCACUCAAUGUGCUAUUCAUCGAGUUGACAUGAAAACUCCCAAAAAGCAAUAAAAAGAGAUACACCGGCUUUUUAUUGACAUAAAAAAAUAUAACUACGACAGACUAGGCUCUAUAGGCUACGCUCUUUGCCUGCUUAUUGGCGAAUUUAAAAACAACAACAACCAUAUCGUUGCCGGCUUCCGGAUUUUCAUUUCAUUUUAUUAUUAUUAUGAGGAUAUAAUAAUAAUAAAAUGUACAUAAGGGCUUAUUUCCAGCAAUAUUAACCACAAUUAACUUAUUUAAUACUGUAAAUAAUGAUGAGAGCGAUUAUUGAUUUCGAAGAAAACAAUUAACAGCUUAAUUUUAGCUGCAGAAACAACAGAUUUCUCUUAAACCUGGGUGAGAAUAUAAAAAUCGUUUUCUGAAUAUGAAACGAUAUUUCUUUGUCUAUCAAAUUAAGUUAAAACGAUCAUGACACGACAUCGGACGAGAGAGAUUGAAGAGCAUAAGGUUACUGACCCAUCGUAAAAUCACACAAUGAAAUCAAGUGUAUAGUCGUGACCACAUUGAUUUUAAUGCUUUUAAAUAUAAAAUAAGAGAGCAACCUACAGAAUGAAUAUAGCGUGCAUAAACUUAAAAAUAAUCUUCGUUAAAGUUUUUAAAAGCACCUAGCGAAAACUUCGAUACAAACUGUUGCGCGACACAAAAAAAUUGCGCUUCAUUAACAGGCAUGCAUUUACAACAAGUAAAUAGUAAUCUACCUACCUACUACUUUUUACUUUAUUUGUAUAUUUCAGAUUUUUAAAAACUAUAAAAUAUUAGAGAACCUGAAGUUGUUUUGCUUGUUUAACACUAUACUUACCUAAAGUAAGUAGGUAUUACAUAUUUGACGUAAGUACCUACCUAGGUAAUAAAAAAUCGUGUAGGGGCCUAAACUUAAGUAAGGUCUUUAUGGAAAAUGCAGUGGACUGUAAAACUACCUACUUACUUUUUAUUUCUCAGGUACUACUGUAUCUUUAAGCAGAAUAUUGCAAUCGAACUCAAUUGAUUUAAAAAAAAGCUACGAACGCUAUUAAUGAUACUUUAAGUGUGUUACAAAAUAAAAGAGAAAAUGUGGACGUAAUCUUUCAUCAGCUUUUUGAAGAAGCUAAAGAAGUAGCUGAGCAGGUAGAUGUAGAAAUUAAAUGCCCCAGAAUAGUACCAACAAAUACAUAGGACCAAUAUUCAACCUGCUCAAUCUACUGAAGAGUAUUUCCGCAGAGCUAUAUACAUCCCUCUUCUAGAUUCAAUAAUAAGUGAUCUCCAGGACCGCCUGUUUCCUGAUGUACUCAAUUUCUUUCAGCUAUGCGUUUUCAUGCCAAAAAGCGAAUAUAGUAAUGAAGACAUUGAAACUGUGAAACAACUAGCUACCGACUAUACAUUAUUACUAGAUAAUACUCAAGUUUCUGUCAUUGUAAAUGAAUAUCGGCUUUCGAUGAUGAAGGGGCAGCAGAGCCAGGACAUACCGCAAUCGAUUUCUGAUCUUAUUUUAAAUUGUGACAUCAAUAUGUAUCCUAAUAUAAUAUUUUUUUUAUGUAUUAUGGCCACACUACCUGUCAGGCUAGCGACAGCAGAAAGGUCUUUCUCUACGUUGCGCAGAAUUAAAUCGUGGCUAAGAUCUUCAAUGGUUGAAGAUCGCCUAACCGGGCUGGCACUUCUCCACGUUCAUAAAAACGUACCCAUUGACGUAAAUGACGUAAUAACGGGUUUCGGGAGAAGACGUAAAAGAAAAAUUUAUUUUGUUAUUUAAAUAUAUGUAUUUUGUCGUUUC